AUGGCUUCACCCACAGCCACAUGCGUCCUGGCCUGGGCCCUGGCACUGCUCUGCGAGGGGACCCAGGGUGCAGACCCUGCCCCCUGCGUCUUCCCCUUCACCUACAAGGGCAAGGUCUACACGGCCUGCACAACCGAGGACAGCAGCCGGCUCUGGUGCGCCACCACCGCCAACUACGACCGGGACAAGGCCUACAGGGUCUGCUCCGAGGAGGCCUACGGCGGGAACUCGGGCGGCCAGCCCUGCUUCUUCCCUUUCGUGUACAAGAACCACAUCUUCCAUGCCUGCACCAGGUUGCAGAGCCACCUACCCUGGUGCGCCACCACGGCAAACUACGACACGGACCAGCGCUGGAGCUACUGUCCUGACACAAUGCUUGGCGGGAACUCGGAGGAUCCCUGUACGUUCCCAUUCAGCUACAAAGGCAGGAGGUACUCGGCUUGUACCAUGGAUGACAGCAAGUGGCCCUGGUGUGCCACCACAAGCAACUACGAAGCGAACCAUAAAUGGAGGUACUGCGGCACAGCAGCUGCAGGGGGAAAUUCAGACAGCUCCCCUUGCGUCUUCCCUUUCAUCUAUAAGGGCAGGACCUACCAGAACUGUACGGCAGUCGAUGAUCAGAUGGGACGGCCCUGGUGUGCUACCACUUCCAACUACGACAAAGACCAUCUCUGGCGCUUCUGCUUUAGCAAGGGUGAGUCCUGGCCGUGA